GCUAAUUUUGCUGAAUGUGAAAUCGCGACUGAAUCUGAACAAGUUAUAAAGUGAUAGCGUUGAUUGCAAACACCUGCGCAUGGUGAUCAGCAACACGUGCUUGCGGUCCUGUUUACCUCGAGCUCUCAGUGGAGAGUCUCCAAGUUUUGCCUGGUUUCGUUAUUUAUCAUGGAAAAACGAAUUCUGAUGUCAGCUGUCCUUCGUUAUUUUCGCACUAUUUUCUUUCUGCUGCUGGUCACCUGCAGCUGCCCGCUCGUCCGAGCUUCUCUGGAUGCCUCGAAUGCGCUGCACAACCUGGGUGACUUCAGCUACCCGUACGGGAGUAUCUUCUCCCCGCUGCUCAAGGCCCUGUCAGAGCACGGAGGGUCGAGGUGGAACCCGGGACUGAAGAAAAAGAUGAAACCCGAGCACAGGUACAUGAAGUAUCUCACGGAGGUUUACUCGAAGUCCUCCCGAGUGGAGAGGAGUUUGGAGGGGAGCGACAUCUACAACACAGUCCGACUGAUCAAGCCACAAGAUGAAUGUCUUGCACAAAGUAAUGAAGGGAACUUUAUGCAGGAUAUUUCUUACUACCUUGAUCAAGUCAGAAGCAAAGAACAGCUUCUGAAGUCAGCCCUGCUGUACAAUUUUGACCAUGCAGCACCUCUCAGCUCUGUGUGCUACUUGAGUCUCGAGGAGCAGGACCACUCAAACCAGUGUCAGCUGUGUCCUGGGGUCCAUCACGCCGGGAACUUCACAGUCGGCACAGACGCAAAGAGCAAGAGGAACUGGGUGGAGGUUGACGUCACCUCGUUUCUCCGGCCUCUCUUAAAGUUCCAGAAGAAGAACGUCCACCUGCUCAUCAACGUCACCUGUCCAGAGGAACAAAGAGCCGGUGGUGAUGGGCGCGAAGUCCCACUGAAGUUCACCCUGAGGUCACCUCUUCUGGUUCUCUAUCUCUAUGACACCAGCAAAAUCGCACACCAGACGUUCCCAGUCGAUGCCAAAGCAGGUCAGAGGCCAGCCGCUGUGGUGAACACAUUUCCCGAGCAGAUGGUCUUCAAACCAGAGCAGAGGAUGGGGCAAAAGAGGAGGUGGAAGAGGGCAUCUUCAAAGAGCAAGCGAGGCGAUAAAACUCUGGAUAUCCACCUGCCGGAGCUUCUUUCCAGCUCUGAAUUCCCGACGAGCGACUGUGCCUUGUAUGAUUUCCGGGUGCGAUUCAGCCAGCUCAAACUGGAUCACUGGAUUGUUUUCCCACCAAAGUACAACCCCAGGUACUGCAGAGGUGCCUGCCCGAGGACCAUGGGCUUCAUCUACGGCUCCCCUGUCCAUACCAUGGUGCAGAACAUCAUCUACGAGAAGCUGGACUCCUCCGUGCCCAGGCCCUCGUGCAUUCCCUCCCACUACAGCCCCCUGAGUGUCAUGAUCUUUGAGGAGGAUGGCUCCUAUGUCUACAAGGAGUUUGAAGACAUGGUUGCCACCAGAUGCACAUGUCGCUAAGCCAGCUGCCAACAUGUCUGGGCUUUUUUUCUCCUUUUUUUACAGGCUGAAUAGAACAUCAUCACAGACCUCAACAGUCAUCACAGGUGGACUCUAUCUAUCCAAGUAUUAGAUAUUCUGACCAGGCUCAGUGAUUUCAUGAAUUUGUUAAAUCGUUGCACAUGAAGUUUGAUCUGGAGCAGGUGUGUUUACUCAAUCAAGUGUGUUUACUUAAACAAAAAGUAUUUUAUCCUUGUGAGAAAUGUGGAACGGUGACAUUUAUUUCCUUUUUGUUAAGGCGUGACAAGAAAGGACGCCAGUGCAUCCUAUUUUUCAACUUACUGUUUGCAACAUAGUAUUUAAUAUGACACACUUGAAGAAGAUCAAGAAUGAGUGUUGUAUGUUUUUUUUUUUUUUUGCUUUUUUUUAAAGUUCUAUUUUUGUUAACUUAUUUUGGGUGGGGGUCAUUAUUCUUUAAUUUAACACAAUUGCCAAGUUUUAAGUAGCCCUGUUCUGGACAAAAGAUGAAAAAGCGGUCACAAACUCUUGUCAAACCUUUUACAUAUCGUUUUAUUCUUGGGGAUUGGAGACAACUGUCUGAACGGCAGCUGACCUCAUAAUGUCCAGAAUGAAAGUUGUCAAGGUUUCAGUGUGUAUUUAUUACUUCUGGUCCCUGCGUGACUGCAUAAGUAUGAAUUGAUUUAUGAAAUUGUAGUGGUUGAAUGCGACUAAAUGCAUGUCAUGAUUUAUGCAAAUAGAAUGAAUUCACUGUGUCUGUGCUCAGUUUAGGUAUAUUCAAAAAAGUAGAAAUAUGAAGAUGGAUUGUCUGAAAAGUUGGAAAAUAUGAAAAAUAAAAAAAAUAA